AUGGGAUCAUUGUACUGUCUUAUGGUUGACAAAGAACUUGAGGUAAGCGUUGUAGAUCACCGAGAGUUAAAUGAUUUUGCCAAUUGGAUUACUGACAUAGAUGAUGGAUUGGUUGGGGCUCAAGAUGACGGGGAGGCAAAUGUAAAUAUACCAUCGCAACAUGUUUUGGGAUUUGAUGGUGAUCCAAUAAUUGCAAUAGUUGAUAGUACACUCCCACUUUUUUGUGAAAGGCAACAUGAUGGUGCUUAUUUAACUGGUCGAGCAAUUUUGGCACCGACACUUGAUGUUGUUGACGAUGUGAAUGAGUACAUGAGUAGUAUGAAUGAUGCAAUUGGAUGCACAUAUCUUAGUUGUGGUUCAGUUUGUCCGACUGAGAGUAUUCCGAAUGUCGUAGCGGGGCUACACACACUUGAAUUAUUGAAAGGGUUUAAGUGUUCUAGCCUGCCAAAUCAUUGCUUGUCUUUAAAAGUUGAAUGUCCAAUUAUGCUUUUACGUAAUAUAGAUCCAUCUAUUGGGUUGUGUAAUAGGGCUAGGUUAAUUGUUUUAAAAUUGGCAGAUCAUGUCAUCGAGGCACAAAUCUUAUUUGGAACUCAUGUAGGAAAUAAGGUUUUGAUACCAUGCUUAUCGCUGACUCCAUCAGAUAUGAAGUUCCCAUUCAAAUUUGUUAAGGGUCCAGGGUUUAGGAAGUUCAUUGUGGUGGCUUGUCCUAUGUUUAAGAUUCCAUCUAGAAGGACAAUAAGUAGGGACAUCAGUCUGAUUUAUGAAGAGGAAAGGCUGAAGUGGAAGCUGAGUAAGAAGAAUAUCUCAUUUGUCCCUGUUGCAUCACACAAGGGUGAGUACAUUGCAAAAGCCCUAGAAACUUGUUUGCUUAACUGGGGGAUUAGGAAUGUUAGGGAAGCUGUGAGAUAUGUGAGAAAUUCACCUGCUAGGCUUAAGAAAUUUAAGGACCUGUCUUCCUAG